GGGUGCAAAGGUCAAGAAAAUAUAACCGGUUUAUUGGUGGAACUUUGGUCCUUUAUUUCCACAUAACGUGAAGUGAGCAUUUCUCGUUCCGAUCCCAGACGUUGAGCUGAAAGCAAACAUGUUAAGGUUUUCUCUGGCAGUCUUUGUGUCUCUGAUACUUGGCAUAACAGCAAAGCCAUACAAACCCUGGAAUAAACUCACAGAUGAAGGAAUCCAGGAUGCCGUUAUGUCCGUUGAUGACAAAGGAAAGAUGUCUUGGGGAGUGCAAGUGGAGCCUCCAGAGGACAUGGAUGAGACCGACUAUGACAUCGACCCGAAAAUGAUGAUUUGGAAGAGUAUGACAGGCAACGGACGAGACAGACAGCCCUUGAAGGCUGAAGAAGACUUUGAUGAGCUGUACCAUCCUUCAAUGGCUGAUCUCCUCAAAGUUCAAAUCCAAAACCUGGACACCCUCCAUGCUGCCGACAUCAUGGGCCCCUGGGAGGAAGAGAGCGUGAAGUCCAAUCAGAAACCAGAGGAGGAUAAAGAUGACAUCGACCACCCUGAUUUCAUUGAGGUGGCCUCAGACGAGCACAAGCAGAACUUGGAUGAAGUCUACAACAAAGCGAGGGAGGAGGUGGAUGGAUAUCUGGCUCCACUCCUGGCUGACUACAAAGCCGAUGCAGAGAUCCGCGUUUCACACUUUGAACCAGAGAGGGAUGAUGAUGAGCUGUAUCACCAUAGCGACCAGGAUUCACCUGUGCAGAUGGAGCCGCUGAGCCGUGAGGUUGUGGGUGUACGUGAGGUGAGAGUUCAUCUUCAGCCAGAGGUGGACAUGGACGAUCUGUACCACAAAGAAGAAGAUCUCCUCCAGCUCAUCCCUUACCAAGAAGAUACUGAAGCUGCAGCUCCCGUUUAUCUGCCGUCUGAGAGGAAGCACAGCGAGCCGGAGGAAGAUCUGGACGAUCUCUACCACCACUGAUCCUUCAACAGCUGUGUGGAUCAUUUCAAAUCAUCCACAAACAAAAACAAAUACACAGGUAAAUAAACCACAAGUGUCAUUUGACUUCAUUA